AAAAGGAAAAUGAAUUCCCAAAAGAACCAAAUUCUCGACAUUUCCGCUUUGGAAACGCAGAACGAGUCUUCUUUGGGCAAAACCGCGCAAAUCCUGACCCCCAGAGUGAAGCCCAACGACGCCGUCGACGACUCUUUCCUCCAGCGGUUCGCGACACUCGAGAACUGCGACCAAAGCGCCCAACACUCGUCCUUCGCCGUCGACCCGUCGGGCAACCUCUACUACCGCUGGCUGGCGCUCAUCUCUUGCGCCGUUCUCUACAACGCCGUCACCAUCGUCGGCAGAAGUGUCUUCUGGCAGCUCCAGAACCUCUCGCCCGUCACGUGGCUCUGCACAGACCUCCUGUGCGACGCCCUCUACGUGCUGGACGUGGCCGUCAACGCGCGCACCGCUUUCCUCGAGUCGGGUCUUCUGCAGCGCAACUCUCGACUCCUUCUCCAACACUACUACGCGUCGCGCGCCUUCAAGUUCGACCUGCUCUCCCUCCUGCCCACAGAUCUCUUCCUACUCUUCACUGGCCUGCAGUGCCGCCCCCUCGGUCUCUACCCCUGCCCAGUGUUCGUGCGCUUCAACCGCUUAUUCCGCUUCCAUCGCGUGCAGGAGUGCUUCGAGCGCACGGAGACGCGCACCAACUGGCCCUACGCCUUCCGCAUCGCCAAACUCGUCCUCUACAUCCUCGUCCUCAUCCACUGGAACGCCUGCAUUUAUUUCUGCAUUUCUUCGUUCAUUGGUUUCGAUUCCGAUAAAUGGGUUUACAAUCGGCGGCAGAACGCGACCGAAGACUCGCUCCGGCAUCAGUACGUGUACUGCUUCUACUGGUCAACGCUCACCCUCACGACCAUCGGGGAGGUGCCGACGCCGGAGACGGACGUCGAGUACCUGUUCGUCGUCCUCAACUUCCUCAUCGGUGUGCUGAUCUUCGCGACGAUCGUCGGGAACGUGGGCUCAAUGAUCACGAACAUGAACGCCGCGCGCGCCGACUUCCAGUCGCGCAUGGAUUCCGUCAAACAGUACAUGGAGUUCCGGCACGUGACCAAACAGCUGGAGGUGCGCGUCAUCAAGUGGUUCGACUACUUGUGGACCAAUAAGCAGUCGCUGGACGAACAGGCGGUCACGGCCGUCCUUCCCGACCAGCUCAAGGCCGAGAUCGCCAUCCACGUGCAUCUGCAGACGCUGCGUCGCGUGCAGCUGUUCCAGGACUGCGAGCCCGGCCUUCUCGUGCAACUCGUGCUCAAACUGCGGCUUCAGGUCUUCUCUCCCGGCGACUACAUCUGCCGCAAAGGCGACGUCGGCAAAGAGGUGACCAAUAGUCAGUCACGUGACACAAUACUAACCCAUUACACGUUGCAGAUGUACAUCGUGAAGAGGGGGCGCCUGUCGGUGGUGGCGGACGACGGCCACUCGGUGUUGGCCGCGCUCACAGAUGGCGCCACUUUCGGCGAGCUCUCCAUUCUGAACAUCUCGGGCGUCAAGACGGGGAACAGGAGGACGGCGAACGUG